AUGGCACCUGAGAGAAACAAUGAUGGCUUCCCGCAAGGCAAUCGAGAGCCGCCCAUGGAGCCAGCCUCAUCCAUCCUUGCGGCUCAUUUCGCCCCUCUGGCACCGCAAGGGCAGAAAGGACAUCGGCUCCCGCGGGAAACUUUCGCACAGCUUCGCCAAGAACUUCUAGGGGAAAUACAGAGUCAAAUACGCGUCGAUGAAGGCAUCACAGACAUUAAUAAACUCAUCUGCAUUGUUCUCAAAGCCGGCCUGGAAGUGGAUCUAACUAGUACCGAACCGACAGAAGACUUGCUGGGCCAAAUUAUCGACUGUCUGGACAUCAUCCAAGCAAGCAUCGAGAAAGCCCCCCAGGCAUUAUGGGAAAUUUCAGAUCCGUUGAUCAUGGGUGAGGAUGUCGAAGCGCCAUUAUUUGCCUGGUUGAUCCUACGAUUGAUUAGAUUGUCUGGCGCUUGGUCCUCCGAGUUCAUUCACCAUAGAACGCAUCUCAUAUUCAGCAGCAUGGCCAGUCUUCAAUCCAAACAAGCUCGCUCAUCACCUUUAUGCUACGGCGUUUCGGCCUUUCUUCGUGCUUGUACAUCAGACAUUUUAUGCACCUUGGAAACAUCGCUGAGUGGCAACUUGCGGGAUUCUCCUUCCAAAGAUCUGUACAUACCCGCGACAAACGGGUCACUCGGUGUCGAUCUCGAUAAUCUGGCUCUUCCCCGCGGUCUCAUGCGGGAAAGGAUAGAUUUGGGUUCUUUCUCUCAGGCCAUCAUCCUUGUGUCUCUCUUAUUAGAUUCGUUUAGUCCUCAGGCCGCAAUAGAGGGUCUUCCGAAUCGACGAAGUUUCAAUCUCCGUCAGAAUCUUCCGUGGGUCUCAAAUGGGUACAACCGCCUCCGUCAAGUGGCGGCCAAGUGGGUACAGAGAGCUGGGUCAACGCUUACUCCAGAAGAGGAGCAGGACACUUUAGAAAUCAUGGCUUAUACACACCGAUUUUGUGUAUCUGACACGUCUGGAUCAGCCCUGCGUUCGGACGUAUCCUUGGCCUCGACCUGGGCUCAAUGCCUAAGUGACAUAAUCCCGCCCAGUAUUUCCAGUCCAUUGCCUGUCCUUCAGACGGGAUUGAUUCAUUUCUUGGAGGAAGCGCUCCAAGCGGCAUUCGAUUCGAAAAUUUUCGCGGAACACCUGAGGGAGUCAUUUUUACCUGUUUUUGCGAAAAUCAAGGACAAGGAUGGUAAUUUCUUGCCUAUGGAGCCAGGCCUAUUGGCCUCAAUUCAAUCUCUUGAGGAGGUGCUACUUGAUGUUUCGAGACUCGCCGAAUAUCACCCCAAGGGUUUGCCUGCUCCUCCAGCAGCCGCCGUUUUGGCUGAUGUUCAGAAACCCGGCAUUUUCAGCCACGAAAUGGACUUGGAUGAUGAUGCGCGAGCCCCAAAGCGCAUGUGCCUGCCUGUUGAGCCCUCAAAUCAAGGCUUACGGCAUCUGCUUACAGAGAAGCUAUCGGCGCUGUUAAACUGUGACAACUAUGAAGGAUUGGCGGACCUGCGAACUGCACUAAUAAACGCGUAUGAUGAGCUUUCUGACCCUCAAAGGUCAGACAUACUGAUUAUAAUCGGACAACUCUCCUGCGCCAUUACAGGACACCUUGAGCAAAAAGUCUCAGAUGUUGUAGGGCGAGAUACAAUUUUCUGUCAAACGUGCGAUUUCGAAGACCCCAAACCUGGGACCGGCACUGAACAAGAAAAAGUCGAAUUCGAGGAACUGUGGACAAUGUUCAACUCCAUUCUACCAAAGCUGACACGCACACCCGGUCCGCGCAUAGCAGCUAUGGUAGCUCUAAGAAGAAUACUGAUGCACUCCCCUUGUCUAGAUCAGAUGCACUUGUCAUCGUCUGCAUCUGGGGAAUUCUGCCUCCACGCUUUCCGAAGUUCCAUCAGAGAACUUCGCGUGGCGACCAGUCAUUCUGUCGUAGCAUUUGUGCACCCUAGUCUGCAGCCAGACGUUCGUCGAGCCAACUUUGUCGUCGUACUUGAAUGGCUAAAGAACAUUUCCGAGAAGAACGACAUUCCUUUACAGGAGGCAUGUGUUUUGACGCUCUGCUGUCUUGCCAAGUUCUCUGAUGAGGAAGAGAAGAAUAUCAUUCUUCUGCGCCUUGUGGAGUAUCUCGGUCACCCAAAUCCAUACAUAUGUGCAGUAGCAUACGAUCAGUUGUCCAAACUUGCUUUUCAAUUUACUUUGACACCUGCUGGCUUGUUCCGGCCAUAUUGGAGAACGCUGUCAGUGGCAGUCGUCAAGAAUCUUCAAACUCGCCCAUAUAUGGCCGAGCAACUAUGCGAACUGCUUGGCAUGAAAGUCGACAGCUUUUUGCGGUUAACAGAGGUUCAUGUUCUACCUUAUUUGGUUCUGACAAGAAAAAGAGACAUCAUUUGCAGAAUCGGGGCAAGUCGCGAUGAAGCGGAAUCGCCUUUCGACGUAUGUUCUGAGAAGAACAACCUUGCGGCAAUUCUCGCUUUUCUGCUAGCUCAGGAAUCUAGCAACCCGGAAGCCAUGAUCAUGUCUCUGCUGGCAGAAAUAGACCCCGCUUUCAAAGGACGGACCCUGGCCGAGUUGGUGCGAAUCGAGCCAAUCCUGAUUGCUUGUGAUUUAUUGAAAAGCCUUGGGGAUGCCGGUGAACAAAAUAAGGAAAGAUUUCACCAAGCACUUCGUCGCCUGGCCUCUUUCGUUCCAAGGAAGUCUGCUUCACACGGAGGUUCCUCCAAAAAGGCGGAUUUACUGAGCCACUUCAUCGAAGAACAUGUUCUCGGAAUCAUCACGCAAUUUUCAAACGCAAUCAAUGACUUUCAAGUGCGUCAAACACUGGCGGAGAAGAGACGGAAUCUUAAAGCAAUCGAAGAAAUGAUCAGUAUUGCCCAGGGCCAUGUCAGUAAUGCAUUGCCUCAAGUCUGUGCUUGUCUUCGCUCUGCCCUGGACAUGGAGGAGUUAUGUGCUCAAGCGUUCUCAGCUUGGACGACCUUGAUCAGCUCCCUCAGUGCGGAAGACAUCGAGCCUCUCAUCGACCAGACAUUUGCAAUUGUAAUUAGAUAUUGGGAUAGAUUGACUGACCGAAGCAGGAAACAUGCACAUCGUUUAAUCGAUCACAUAUUGACAAAUCAUCCAAACCUCGUGCGAGAUACCUUCGACACCAUGCCGUCAUUAGCCUCUAUUCCUGAGAUGGCCCCAUUCGAGGCCCAAAUCAACGAAUUGCGGGCAGAGAUGGACGUCCGAAGUCGAUUGCUCGCCUUGAUCCGCCGCUGUCAGAGUGAAAAUGGUACUGUUGUUGAGCAAGCCUUGGCCGAAUUACUUCCGUUUCUGUCCAAAAACGAGGAGUUCUUGCACGUCUCUGCUCUUAGCGAACAGCCCGAUCCUGUUAUUGCCCAGCUCACGAGAGCUUUAUUGGAUUGUUGUGUCAAAUUCAAUACUAGUUCAGACAGCAUCACAUCACUGUCUGCGCAAUGUUUGGGACUUGUUGGCUGUUUGGACCCAAAUCGAGUAGAGACAGUGAAAGAGAAGAAGGACAUCCUUGUUCUCUCAAAUUUCGAUCGAACAGAGGAAAUUGUCGAAUUUGUCCUUUUCUUUCUCCAGCAUGUGCUUGUCGAUGCAUUCUUGUCGGCCUCAAAUACAAGAGCCCAGGGAUUUCUGGCAUAUGCCAUGCAGGGCCUUCUCAGAAUCUCCAAUCUGCAAUCGGUUCUAUCUCAGCGGUCGUAUAAUGUUCAGGGUGAUGAGAAAUACCAGCGGUGGAUGGAACUCCCUGAAGGGAUCCGCAAUACUUUGACGCCAUUUCUUACAUCAACGUACACCGUUACGAUCGUUGCGAAGAACCCCGAAAUUGAGUAUCCUCUCUUUUCCCCGGACAUGACCCAUAGUGAGUGGCUUCGAACUUUGGUGCAGGACUUGCUCUCAAUCCAAAAGGACGACAAUGCAAAGCUCGUUUUUGCUUUCUGCAGUCGUGUGGUGAAAGGUCAAGACAUAUCCAUAUCUUCCUUCCUCCUGCCAUUCGCGGUGCUUUACCGCAUCGUCGGCGGCACAACGCAAGAACAGCAAGACAUUCAACUCGAAUUAAUAAAGGUUCUUUCACAUCCUCUUCCUGAUACGAAUAACAACGCCCGUGAAACGAUCAUAUGCUGCAGUCAGAGUGUUUUCGAUGUCCUGGACUACUUGUCGCGAUGGCUUCAGGGAAAGAAAAAGCAGCUCAAUAGUAUAGGCCAUCAACCCAACCAGUCGAGCCGUUCUCGAGAUAACGGUAGAGAAUUACUUUUCGACAAAUUUUCAGCUCAGAUCAAAUCCGUUGAAGCCGUUUUGGCUGCAAUCCCACCCGAGAUAAUCUCCAAGCGUGCUGUGGAAUGUAAAUCAUUCUCUCGGGCUUUGUUCCAUUGGGAGCAGUAUAUCCGGCGAUGUAACUCACAGCCGGAAUCUACGGAAGGUUCUGACUCAGAGCUGCUUUACCAAAGGCUGCAAGACAUCUACAGCCAAAUUGAUGAGCCAGACGGGAUAGAAGGUAUAUCCAGCCAUUUGUCCGGACUGAACAUUGACCAACAGGUUUUGGAACAUCGAAAGGCUGGCAGGUGGGCCACCGCACAGAGUUGGUAUGAGCUUCAGCUCGAAAAGGAACCUGACAACCUUGAGGCCCAGUGGAAUCUUAUCACUUGCCUCAAGGAAUCAGGGCAACAAGAUGCCAUUCUCACUCGCUUCGAAGCUCUCAAAGAUGAAGAUGCCGCAACUUCGCGAUUCCUUCCAUUUGCAGUCGAAGCAUCUUGGAUCACAAGUAGAUGGUCUAAGCUCAAAGGCUAUCUGGAACUAUGUGCUGAGAAGGGAACUGGCGACUUCAACGUGGGCAUUGGCUCGGCUCUCUGCGCUCUUCAAGGGCGGCACGAAAACAAUGACGCUUUGUUGGCGGAGAAGUCAGAAGCCUUUACAAGAACCAUUAACCAGCUUAGGCUCAAUGUUGCAAAGUCCUUGACGUCAAAUUCUGUCGCUUCAUUACAAUCAUGCCAUGACGAUAUGCUCCGACUGCAUGCCUUGGCAGAUGUGGAGGCGAUAGCCAAUGCAAGAACUGGAAGCCCCUCGUAUCCAGACUUGUCUGCCGCCCUUAAACGGCGUUUGGAUGUCUUGGGAGGUUACAUCGCUGAGAAACAGUACCUAUUGGGUAUCAGACGAGCGGCCAUGGAGCUAGCAGGCGGUUUUGUGGAUUCCGAUAUCUCUGCUGCCUGGCUUACAAGUGCCCACCUCUCGCGCAAAGGCAAAUUCACUAGCCAGGCAUACCAUUCAAUGCUCAAUGCAGCUAGGCUUAAAGACCGAUCAGCCACCAUUGAACAUGCAAAACUGCUCUGGCAAGAUGGACACCAUCGAAAGGCGAUCCAGACUCUGGAAGGGGCCAUAUCCAUGAAUGAAACCACUCCAACAGCAUCCAAUCCGGCUGCAUCCGAGGCAGCCUCCUUUGUCUCCAGUCGUGGACAGAAGCAAAACGAUGUUCCUGCCAGGGCCCAUCUUAUGCUGGCAAAGUGGACUGAUAGAGCCGGUCAGACCCACUCUCAGGCUAUUGUUCAACGAUAUCGAGAAGCCAUCAAGUUGUACCCACGGUGGGAGAAAGCCCAUUACUACCUUGGAAAGCACUACAACAAGAUCCUUGAUUCUGAGAAGGCGAAGCCUAUGGGGAAAGAGGCUCAAAUAUAUCUGAGUGGAGAGGCUACCAAAUUGGUGAUCGACAACUACCUUCGUUCCCUAACAUAUGGCAGUAAAUACGUUUUCCAGACCCUACCAAAGCUCCUCACACUUUGGUUAGAGCAUGCUUCCAUCGUUGGUCAGCCCAUUGACCCAAAAAGAGGAGACAAUGAGGAGUUCCAACGACACACCAAGGCGCAAAGACAAAAAAGCCUAGAUGAAAUGCAUGCCCAGCUGAAGAAAUACAUUGCGUCUCGUCUUCAGCCUGCUUUGCUAUUUACAAUUUUGCCCCAGGUUGUGGCCCGUAUUUGUCACCCAAACAGUACGGUCUAUGAUCUGUUGACUAGAAUUGUGACCAAGGCUGUCCACUACUUUCCCCAGCAAGGUCUAUGGACAGUUCUUGCUGUGGUCAAAUCUUCGAAUAAGGAUCGAGCAUCGAAGGGUUACAACUGUCUUCAGAAGAUCACUGAGUUCACCACGAAGCAUAAGACGGAUAUCUCAUCUCCUGACAUUCGUCGCAUGAUAACAGCCGGUCAAAAGGUCUCCGAGGAAUUGCUUCAGCUAUGCCUCGCACCUGUCGAGGAUAGAGCCACUAAGGUCUCGCUUGCGCGCGGUCUGGGAUUUAACCACAAGGUUGUGCCUUGUCGUUUGGUUGUGCCAUUCCAGGCCAUGUUGAUUCCCAGUCUCCCUGCAUCCCAUGAUGCGGACUAUCUGAAAGGGUUCAGAGCCUUCCCUCGGGAUCCAACGACAAUAGAAGCCGUUCUGGACGAGGCCACAAUUCUCAACUCGCUUCAAAAGCCUCGCAAGAUCAGUAUUAGAGGUUCCGACGGGAAGAUCUACAAUGCACUUUGCAAACCGAAAGAUGAUCUUCGCAAGGAUCAACGUCUCAUGGAAUUCAAUAACAUGAUCAAUAGAUUUUUGAAACGGGACGUUGAGGCCAGCAAACGGAGGAUGUACAUCAAAACCUACGCAGUUACCCCAUUGAAUGAGGAGUGCGGUCUCAUCGAAUGGGUGGACAAUCUUCGCACACUGAGGGACAUUAUCGUCAAGCUUCUCCGCGAGCGAGGAAUUUCGCCCAAUUACGGCGAAAUCAAGCAACAUCUCAACGAGAUCUGUGCAGACAGGUCACGUUCCAAAGUUCAUUUGUUUACGACCAAGAUUCUGGCCAAGCUUCCUCCCGUUCUCCAUGAGUGGUUCAUUGAGAUGUUCCCGGAGACAGAAGCCUGGUUUGCGGCAAGAUUGCGAUACACAAGAUCUGCGGCAGUGAUGUCUAUGGUUGGAUACGUCCUAGGCCUUGGCGAUCGACAUGGAGAAAAUUUGUCAUUUGAAGAAGGCACAGGAGGAAUUCUGCAUGUUGAUUUCAAUUGUCUAUUCGACAAGGGCCAAACAUUUGAGAAACCAGAAGUUGUCCCAUUCAGAUUAACAAACAAUAUGAUUGAUGCCUUUGGCGCUUACGGGUACAAUGGACCCUUCCGACGCACCUGUGAAAUCACUCUUAGUCUUCUACGACAAAAUGAGGAUUCAUUAAUGACCAUCCUGGAAACUUUCCUCCAUGACCCGACCACCGACUUUAUCGGAAAAAGACGCCGGAAUCACGCGAACGUUCCAGACACUCCGGCCGGUGUGCUGGAAGAUGUUCGCACCAAGCUUCGGGGUUUCAUGUCUAAGCAGCCCAUUGCCCUGUCCGUAGACGGACAAGUGGAUGAGCUGAUCAUGCAGGCAACUGAUAAGAAAAAUCUGGCGGCCAUGUACAUUGGAUGGUGCGCCUUCUUUUGA